AAACCACAACCUGAAACCCGAGAAGAAGCGGCGCUCCAAAAUGGCGAUGGACGCAAUGUCCACGUCUGCAUCAGGACUACCAUACCAUCAUGUUUCUGACUACUACCCGAGGAAACUCGGUCCAAAGCCGGACGUGGUGCCUUCUGGUGUAACCGAGAGGAAAAUAGGACCCGCGGAUAAACCUGACAUGGUCUCAGUGGACGUUAUCAACUUCAAGGACUCGGACACACCAGUAUACAGGAAGAAACAGGAAACAGACACUUAUAUUCUGCAGGGCACCAUUCACCCCUUCCGCAAGUCGCACAAGUCCAUCUUCAGCAAGUUCACCCAGGAGUUCAACGUAGUCCUUUCAGACAGACGGACAUGGAAGAUCUUACUGUUUGGGAUGUUGAAUGUCAUCUGCACAGCUUCCCUGCUGAUGUGGUGCAACUCCACAAACAGUAUGGCUUUAACUGCUUACACAUACCUCACCAUCUUCGAUCUCUUCAGUUUGAUUACAUGCCUCAUCAGCUCUUGGGUGGCCAUGAAAAAACCAAGUCAAGCCUUUACAUUUGGUUUUGAACGCUUUGAGGUGCUGGCAGUGUUUGCCUCUACAGUACUGAUUCAGCUGGGCGCUUUGUUCAUUCUGAAGGAAAGCGUGGAACGAUUCAUGGAGCAACCGGAGGUGCACACGGGUCGCCUUUUAGUCGGGACCUUAGUGGCUCUGUUUUUCAACCUGCUGACGCUCCUUUCAAUCAAGAACAAGCCCUUCGUCUCCGUUUCUGAAGCUGCCAGCACCAGUUGGCUCCAGGAGCAUGUGGCUGACCUGAGUCAAAGUCUGUGCGGGAUUGUCCCGGCCUUGAGCAGCAUUCUUUUGCCUCGCAUGAAUCCCUUUGUUCUUAUCAACCUGGCUGGAGCGUUCGCUCUUGGAAUCACUUACAUGCUCAUUGAGAUUAACAACUAUAAUGCAGUGGACACUGCUUCUGCUGUAGCGAUCGCCCUCAUGACCUUUGGCACCAUGUAUCCCAUGAGUGUGUACAGUGGAAAAGUCCUUCUCCAGACCACCCCUUCUCAUGUGAUUGGACAACUUGACAAAGUGCUUAGGGAGGUCUCUACGCUGGAUGGAGUUUUGGAAGUCCGGAAUGAACACUUCUGGACAAUAGGCUUUGGAUCUCUGGCCGGCUCCGUCCACGUGCGCAUCCGGCGGGACGCAAACGAGCAAAUGGUUCUGGCUCAUGUGACCAAUCGCCUCCACACACUCGUCUCCACGCUAACCGUACAGAUCUUCAAGGACGAUUGGACGCGCCCAUCCUUGGCCACCGGCCCCCUCAACCUCUCCGAUAUGGCACUUUCAUCUGCAAAGCAACUUCAAGAACCCGAGCCACUGACUUCCACUCCCUCUAAACCGAGCAGCCCACCACCCGAGUUCUCCUUUAACACUCCCGGCAGGAACCUGCGGCCCGUUUUACUCCCAAACAUUCAUCAGCAACGACCUUAUAACUUGGGCCUUGCGUACGGACCUUCUCCUUACAAUGCGAUGCUCAGUCAGGGCUUAACUCAGCCAGGAAGCAGCUUCGGUGUGGGUUUGGGCCCAGGGCCGAGAAUCCCUUCCAUUCAGAACUACAGGACUACUUUUAGUGCAGCUCCAAACAUAUACGGAAGCAACCUUCUGCCUUCACAGAGCAGUCACUAUAAACACUGAUGUGUUGUCCAAGUGAGACUUCAACAGGCUGAGCUGCAGAGAGACGUAACAAAUAUGACUCUAUUUAAUAGAAAGGACCAACAGUCUUCUCCUUAAAAGAUUUUCUAAUAGCAUUUUUCUGUCCUUUUUUUUUUUUUUUUUUUUUUUUAACUAUUAAAUAGAUCACAAAUGUAUAAAAAUAUAUGUAACGUUGUUUUUCUGCUGGUGAUGCAUUAAGAGGACUGGUGUUAUAUCAUGAUUUAUUGGGACGUUUGGACUCCACAGUAAAGCAAAUCACCUUUUAUGUUAAGAAGACUUGGGAAAAGUACUUCUGCCUAAAAAUGCUUGAAUUACAAGUAAAUAUCUGUAUUGCGUUUGAACUUAGUCAUUAUUGAAUCUGUUGUAGGAGGAUUAAAAUGUAUGUGGGCAACUAUAGAAAUCAAUGACUUAUACAGUAAUUGUAAAUGUACACGGUUUUAAUGGGGAAUUUGUCAACGACCAAAAUGCAACACCUACAUAUUAAAUGUUUUUACUUACA